AUGGUGUCUCCUAAUGCUACUGGCUCCGGCGGCGGCGACAUGCCCAUCCGCGUCCUGAGACGCGGCCUUGUCAAGGCUUCCGACCCGUCUUUCGAACCGCACGUCGCCUCCUUCUCCAACCUGGACCUCUACGCUGGCGAGGGGCAAGCCUCCAUAGUAUGCCUCUACCCCAAGCUCCCAAAUGCCGGCGACUUCCAGGCGGUGGUCGCCGCCUUCGAGUCCGUCCUGCCGUCCGUGCUCAACGUCUUCUACCACUACGCCGGGCGCAUCCGCAGCAACCCAAGCUCAGGCCUCCCGGAGCUGCUCUGCGACAACCAAGGUGCCGAGCUCGUCGUCGGAGAGGUCGACGCCGCCAUGGCUAGCCUGGACUACGGCGUGGCGGAGCAGUCCCUGAAGAAGAUCAUGCUGCCGUACGCCGAGGACGUGACGCUCUCGGUGCAGCUGCUGUCCUUCGCCUGUGGCGGCUUCUCGGUCGCGUGGGGGAACAACGACAUCGUCCACGACGGCCACGCCAUCACCAUGUUCCUCAGGAUGUGGUCCCAGCUCGCCCGAACCGGGAGCUUCAUCGACGACGGACCGCCCAACCAUGACCGCUCUGUGUUCCGCCCUCGCAGCCCGCCGUCGUACAGGGCCUCCACCAGCGACAAGUUCGCGAUGUACGACCACCACCGGAUGGUCAACGCGCUGACGGCCCACGACAGCUUCGUCGAGCGCCUCUACUACGUGGAGGCGAGCGACAUCGCCAGCCUGCGCGAGAUGGCAAGCACCAGGCUCCAGCGCUCGUCCCGCGUCCAGGCAGUGUCCGCGUACCUCUGGAAGGCCCUCGCCGGCGUGGUGGCCGCGUGCCGCGUGCACGAGGAGCGCUGCUGCAUGGGGUGGAUGGUGGACGCGCGGCGACGGGUCAAGGCGCCGGAGCUCGCCCGGGCGAUGCGCAACUACUUCGGCAACGCGGCCUUGUACGCUAUCGCGGACGCAACCGUGGAGGAGAUCCGGAACAAGGAGCUGGCGGAGGUGGCAGCCAUGGUGCGGGAGACCAUCACGUCCAUCGACUACGGCGAGUACACCCAGGAGCUGGUGGACUGGGUGGAGGAGCACAAGACGGAGAGGAGGAUUGAGAAGGGCAUCCUUGGGCUGGGCACGCCUACGUUGAACCAGACGGUGUCCGCCUCCUUCCCGCUCGACACAGACUUCGGCUUCGGCGAUGCCGUGCUGGCCAUGCCCAUGUGGGACUUUGAGAGGCUCAGCUCGGGCUACCUGUCGGUCGGAGCUCGGCCGGGAGGCGACGGCUCCUGGCUUGUCAACGCCUACAUAUGGCCGCGCCUCGCGGCGGCCCUCGAGUCCGACCAGCAGCACAUCUUCAAGCCUCUGACGGCCGAGUACCUAGGGCUCGCCUAG